AUGGAGCUUAAACUCAGGUACGCCCACGCGCCUAUACGUCCAUACUCCCACACGCCUAUUCGCCCACACGCUAACUCGCCCAUGCGCUCACACGCCUAUACGCCCACGCGCCUAUACGUCCACACGCCUAUACGCCCACAGGCCUAUACGCCCACAGCCUAUACGCCAACACGCCUAUACGCCCACACGCCUAUACGCCCACACGCCGCAUCCACGCCGAUACGCCCGGCCUAUGCCCCACGCCUAUGCACCCGUCCACAGGCCACCACACGCCUAUACGCCCACACGCCUGACGUCCACGCCUAUACGUCCACGCCUACACGCCCACACGCCUACACGCCCGACGUCCACACGCCUAUACGUCCACACGACUAUACGUCUACACGUCCACACCUACGCCCAUACGCCCACAGACCCCCUUCUGCGCCCACACGCCUGUACGUCCACACGCCUACACGCCCACGCCCAUACGCCACGCCUAUACGUCCACGCCUACGCCCACGCCUAAACGUCCACGCCCACACGCCCUACGCCCGCCUACACGCCCGCUACGUCCACGCCUAUACGUCCACGCCUAUGCGUCACGCCUGCCGUCCACGACUUUACGUCACGCCCUACGUCACACGCCGUCGACACGCCUCACGCCCAUCGUCCACACGCCUAUCGUCCACGCCCAUACGUCCACGCCUAUACGUCCACACGCCUACACGUCUACACGCCUACACGCCCACACAUCCACCGCCUACACGCCCGCCGUCCACACGCCCAUACGUCCACACGCCUAUACGUCCAACGCCUACACGUCCAUACGUCCACACGCCUAUACGUCCACACGCCUAUACGCCCACGCCUAUACGUCACCCUACCGUCCACAGGCCUACACGCCCCACACGCCUAUACGUCCACGCCUAUACGUCCACGCCCACACGCCUACGCCCAUACGUCCACACGCCUUCCACGUCCACACGACUAUACGUCUCACGCCCCACGCCUAACGUCCCACACGCCCACACCUACGCCCCACGCCUACACGCUCGCUUCCACACUAUCGUCCACCGCCGUCAACACGCCUAUCGUCCACACGCCUACACGCCCACAUACCACGCCUGCGUCCACACGCCCAUACGUCCACACGUCUACACGCCCAUACAUACCACACGCCCUAUCGUCCACGCCCUAUGCGUCCACACGCCCGCCGUCCACAUCUACGCCCAUACAUACCACACGCCUGCCGUCCACGCCCGCCGUCCCACAUGCCACGUCCACACGCCUACACGCCCAUACGUCCACGCCUAUACGUCCACAAGACUAUACGUCUACGCCCACACGCCUAAACGUCCACGCCCACACCUACACGUCCACACGCCUACGCCCAUACGUCCACGCCUAUACGUCCACGCCUAUACGUCACGCCUAUACGUCCACACGACUAUACGUCGUCUACACGCCGCCGCCACCACACGCCUGCCGUCCACGCCCAUACGUCCACACGCCUACGUCCACGCCUACGUCUACGCCGCCCAUAUCCAGACGCCUACACGCCCAUACGUCCACGCCCAUACGUCCACACGCCCUACGUCCACGUCCACGUUAACGAGCCUAUACGUCCCACACGCCUACACGCCCAUACGUCCACGCUCCCGUCCACCGCACCUACGUCCACGCCCGCCCGUCCGCCCAUACGUCCGCUACGUCACGCCUACGUCUACACGCCUACCGCCCCACGCAUACAUCCAGCCUACUACGCCCGCCGUCCACGCCUAUACGUCCACGCCUACCGUCCAGGCCUACACGUCCAGAGCCUACGUCACGCCUAUACGCCCACACGCCGCGUCACGCUACACGUCCGCAGGCCUACGCGUCGGCAAGCCUCUACCGCCCACGCCUACACGCCCUAUACGUCACGUCCACACGCCCACCACGCCUGCGUCCCGCUAUCCGUCACGCCUACGUCCACAGGCCUAUGCGCCCGCCUACGUCCUCCGCUGUCGCCCACGCCUAUCGUCGUCCGCUACGUCCACGCCUACACGCCCACACGCCGCCUACACACGUCCACACGGCAAUACGUCCACACGCCUACGUCCACACGCCUACACGUCCACACGCCUGUCCGUCCACACGCUUCAUACGUCUACACGCCUAUACGUCCACACGCCGUAUCGCCCACACGUCACACGCCUACACGUUCACGCCUAUACGCCCACACGUCCACACGCCUGUACGUCCACGCCCAUCCGUCCACACGCUACAUGUUCAACGCCGCCUUUACGUUCACACGCCUAUACGUCCACACGUUCACACGCCACACGUCCACACGCUGUCGUCCACACGCCUAUACGUUCACACGCCUAUACGUUCACACGCGCACGUCCACACGUCACGCUUACAUGUCCAUACGUCACGUCCUAUACGUUCCACACGCCUAUACGUCCACACGCCUACACGUCCACACGCCUUUACGUUCACACGCCUAUACGUCCACACGCCUGUACGUCCACACGCCUAUCAGUCCACACGCCUAUACGUCCGCACGCCUAUAUGCUCACACGCCUACACGUCCACACGUCCAUACACCCUCUUGGAGUUUCUUUCGUACUUCUAAUCCCAUUUUAA